UAGGCACAAUUAUUUUGAAUAAACAUUUUGCAAUGCCUUGACGUAAGAACGUCAUAAAUCUGGCAUGAACAGUAACAUCUCUACAAAAUUAACUAUGCAAAAAUCGAAAACUCAUCGUUUGCUUUGUCAUAAACCCUCGUAGAGUGUUCGAAUAAGUUAAAGUAGUCUGAGAACAGGGGUCCAUGCAUGUGAUAAUAAGUUGUUUAUUAAGUGAUAGUUCUUUUCUCAAACAUUUUGGGAAAAAAUAAGAUGGCAGAAGUGACACUCCAGACAAGAACUGAAAGCAUAGAGAAAAGAGCCAGCGACGUUAAUUAUGACCCAGUUCAAAUGGACAUGAGUGAGGACAGUAACAAUAACAAUUCUACGGAGAACUCGGAGAGUGAGAGAGGAAGAAGCCCACAGGAUUUUCAUGUGUCUAGAAGAAAUGCCACGGAGAGAAACUCAUCGGAGCAUAGACGAAUACCUGACCACCACUCCUGCAGAGAUGAAUCAAAGCGUGAAAAAUCUGAUCGUGUUCGUCAUGAAGAACGUCCGCGACGUGAAUCAGACGAAAGAAGACGUGAGAUAGACUCAAGGGACUACAGAGAGCGGAAAUCUCGUGAUGAUGAUCGACGACCACGCGAGGACGAUCGCAAGAGUUGGAAAAAUACUUCAAAAGAUGAAUCGCGACGAGACGAACGUGAUAGAAGUGACAAAGAUCAUCACAGAGACGACAGACGAAACAGAAAAAGAGACAGAGACCGACGACGCUCGAGGAGUGAUCGAAAAGAUCGACACAGAGAUGAUAGACCGUCGCAUCAUAAGGAAAAAGACAGAGAGAGGAUGCGAUCACGAUCUAAGUCAAAGGAUAGACCCGUCAUUCCAUUCAGACCCAUGUCUUACAGAGAAGAAAAAGGAAGGAAUAAACUCGCACAACUGGAGAAAUUAGGGAUCGAGCUGAAAACUCCGGAGGGUAAUCCAGUUACACCCAGCAUGGAACAAAGUUUCUAUAAUCCACUGGCUACUGCCACUCAAGGAAAGUACGCGGAACAAAUACAGAAACGAAAACUCCUUUGGGCAAAUAAGUCAAAACCAGAUGAAGGACAAAAAACGACAACUAUUACUGGCUCAAAUACCUGGGUGGGCACAACCUUUACUCACGAUCAGGAUGGCAAGAUGACGGCCAAGUUUAAAAGACUCAUGGGGAUAAAAGGUGAUGCCUCUUCAGCGCCUCAGACUACAGAUACCAAACCCGAUAUUCUCAAAAAGCAAGAGGAAAUGUUCAGUAACAUGGAACAGCAGUACGAAGUGGCCAGAGCGACUACUCAUACCCAAAGAGGUGUGGGUCUGGGAUAUGCAAGUGGGGGUUAUCAAUUCCCUCGAUAGAUAUCGAUAAUUAUUUGAUUGAUUGAAUUUAUAGUAAUUAGUGAAAUGUGCGAGAAAAUCUAUUGAACAUGUUUCAGAGAAAGUGUUCAAAUAAGUUGACUAAAACUGGCAUUGAGGAACAUUGUAAAUUCAACCGUGAAUAAGAGCAGAUAAAUUCAAUUCUCAAUGUUUUAAUUUGAAUGUAUAUUUCCUAUUUAUGAUGGUAUCAAAAAUAUUAAUAUAUCAUCUCAUUAAUAACA